GUUGCUCAGAGAGGAGGCAGGCCGGUGAUUUUCCACUGCUGCUGAUGUCUCUGGUCCCCCCGUUUUAAGAGACAAAGGUCAGAAAGAGAGGCUUAUAAGCAGGCUAAAAUAUAGGCUACCGACGCGUCCAACCCUCAGUCGCUCUCACAGACACAGGAGGACACGGACAAGACGAAACGGACAAGGGACCGCGCUCAAAGGACAUUAAAAGGACAAAAUAAAACACAAAAUCACAUCAUCAGAACAGAAUGGCUCAAAAAGAGAAACUUCAGUGCCUGAAGGAUUUCCAUAAGGACACUCUGAAGCCAUCUCCUGGUAAGAGCCCUGGCACCCGGCCUGAAGAUGAAGCAGAGGGCAAACACCCCCAGCGGGAGAAGUGGGCCAGCAAGUUGGACUUUGUUCUGUCUGUGGCUGGCGGCUUUGUUGGUUUAGGGAACGUCUGGCGUUUCCCGUACCUCUGCUACAAGAAUGGUGGAGGUGCAUUUCUCAUCCCCUACUUCAUCUUCCUGUUUGGCGGAGGUCUGCCGGUCUUCUUCUUGGAGGUCGCCCUGGGUCAGUUCACCUCUGAGGGUGGCAUCACUUGCUGGGAGAAGCUCUGCCCCAUCUUUACUGGUAUUGGUUAUGCCUCCAUUGUGAUCGUGUCCCUGCUAAAUAUCUACUACAUCGUCAUCCUUGCCUGGGGCCUCUACUAUCUGUUCCAGUGUUUUCAGCCGGAGCUGCCCUGGGCCAAGUGCAAUCAGCCCUGGAACACCGAUCGCUGCAUCGAGGACACCUACCGCAAGAACAAAUCCCUUUGGGUGGCUGCCAACGCCUCCAACUUCACCUCCCCCGUCACCGAGUUCUGGGAACAUAAUGUGCUGGGUAUCAGCAAUGGUAUAGAGGACAUUGGUCCUGUUAAAUGGGACCUGGCUCUGUGUUUACUGCUCGUCUGGGUCAUCUGCUUCUUCUGCAUCUGGAAGGGAGUCAAGUCCACUGGCAAGGUGGUCUACAUCACAGCCACGUUCCCCUUUAUCAUGCUCAUCGUGCUGUUGAUUCGUGGUGUGACACUGCCAGGUGCUAGUCAGGGCAUCAAGUUCUACCUGUACCCUGACCUUGCUCGCCUGAAGGACCCAGAGGUGUGGAUUGACGCCGGUACCCAGAUCUUCUUCUCCUAUGCCAUCUGUUUGGGCGCCAUGACCUCCUUGGGGAGCUACAACAAGUACAAAUACAACUGCUACAGGGACUGUUUGCUGCUGGGAGCCCUCAACAGUGGUACCAGUUUUGUGUCUGGCUUCGCAAUAUUUUCCGUCCUGGGCUUCAUGGCACAAGAGCAAGGGGUGGACAUUGCUGAUGUGGCAGAGUCAGGUCCAGGCCUGGCGUUCAUUGCCUACCCCAAGGCUGUAACCAUGAUGCCUUUUCCUACAGUCUGGGCAGUUCUCUUCUUCAUUAUGCUGCUGCUGCUUGGCCUCGACAGUCAGUUUGUGGAGGUGGAAGGGCAGAUCACAUCACUGGUGGAUCUGUAUCCGUCCUUCCUAAGGAAGGGUUACCGCAGAGAGGUCUUCAUCGCUAUCAUCUGCUGCAUCAGCUACCUGCUUGGACUCGCCAUGGUUACCAAGGGUGGCAUGUAUGUUUUCCAGCUGUUUGAUUACUAUGCAGCUAGCGGUGUGUGCCUUCUGUGGGUGGCAUUCUUUGAAUGUAUAGCUGUUGCCUGGGUUUAUGGCGUUGAUAAUUUCUAUGAUGCGCUUGAGGACAUGAUGGGCUACAGACCAAAUGCUUGGAUGAAAUGGAGCUGGACUGUUAUCACUCCUUUACUGUGCAUGGGCUGCUUUAUCUUCUCCUUGGUCAAAUACAAGCCAUUGACGUACAACAAGGUCUACAAGUAUCCUGACUGGGCCGUCGGCAUAGGUUGGACUCUGGCCUUGGCCUCCAUGAUCUGCAUCCCCAUGGUGGUUGUCAUCAAGAUCAUCCGAUCUGAUGGGCCGCUCAUUGAGAGGAUCAAGGCGGUGGCAGCCCCAGUUCGCGGCGGGGCCAGCUCCCGUCCCGCAGAUCAUCGUGGCCUCAAGGAGCUGUCCUACCCGCUGGACCCCAACGGGAACAAGGGCCUGCUGAUGAAGGCUCCCACCCACACCAUCGUGGAAACCAUGAUGUAAAGGAAUGAGACGGAGGCUCUCCAUGAGAUCGCUCUCCUCUCCUCUCCUGUCCUCUAAAAUGCUUCUGAAGCUAGCUAGCUUUCUGUUUAUCUGUCUAUCUGUCUAUCUGUCUGUCUGGUGGACUGAUAAGGGUUUUUAAGGAAAAAAAAAAGUUCCCGUUUCAAAUCUUUUAGGAAUACUUUGGAAGUAGUUUGCUCUUGGUGGUUUUCUUAAGAGGGUAGCAAUCACAUUUCAAAUCUAUUUCUGAAUUACUCACGAGUUGUUGUUUUUUUCCUAUUUGUAAUAUUCAUGUGACUACACGUUCCACUGUUGUCUUGUUUAAAGACACAGUGGCUAAAUAGCACCAGUCUCUGGUCAUAACGCUGGCACAUUUCUGUUCCACCAGCUACUUUAGCAGAAAACCAGCCAUUGUUCUAAAAAAAGGAAGAAAGUGGUUAUUGAGUCUUGGAAUCAAACAGCCUUUUGUAGCCACAAUUUGAAAAAGGUUUCCUUUAUUGAUCACAGAUCACCAAAAGCAGUUUUUUUGGGCUGUUUUAUAUACAGGUCUUUGCCUGUGAUACAAUGAACAGGGUGCACUUAUCUGAGGUGAUGUGCCAUAGGGUUCGACUCUGGCUCUUUCUGUUCUAAUGUGUUCAGUAGAGGUCCAGUUGAGGUGGGGUAGAUGAUCGAGGCAAUACAGGGACAGCAUUAUGACUAAAAAGCAUGUUUUUUCUUUUCAAUAAUAACAAAAAUUCUGAAAAGCAUCUUGAUGGUAUUUCAGCUGCCCCAGGCAAGAAUUUUGGUCAAGCAUCCCAAUCCCAGAAACUUUAAAUUUUUUUCUGUCCAAAUCUAACAAAACUUACUCGCAACAAUCCAAAGCUGUAGCCACCAAAGUUAAUGACCAUAGACCAGGCCAUAUUGAUAACCACAAGCAUUCUGAAAAAUCUGAUAAAUAUAUAAUUGACACAGCUAUGAUAGCCGAUGACCCUUAUCAGACCAGGUUCCUGGUUGUUGAAUGCACCUUAGCACACAUAUCCCCAUAUUCCAUAGCUAUAAACUAUGGGUCAAAGAGAAAACUAGCACUGAGACUGUGUCGGGGAAACCCGCUCCUGCACAAAGAGAGAGGUAUCUGAAAGGAUUUGAAGUGUGGAGGUUGAACCCUUGAGUGUGUUGUCUGUGGCGUACUGUACAGUAGUAGCUAAUCAGUCUAUCUAUAUCUAUCUCUCUAUCUAUCUUUCUCUGUCCUAGACCAGUUUACAGUACAUUAGUGACUGCACUAGGCACUCUUGGCUUACAAUUUUGGAUUGGAUUUAUUUUGUUUUCUACAGAGGAAGUUACAUUAUUAUUAGUUUUUCCUCUGUCAAUGUUUAGGUUUUUUUUUUUUUUAUUAAGACUAUAAUGUUAUUGGUAUUCAUUAUUGAUGAUAAUUGCUGUAGUUUUACAUAGAAGAAGGAACACUUCUUUCAUCUGGUGAAAAUACUAAGCUAUUAUACAAAUCAUACAUUUACAGUGGCAGCCAUUGUAGUAAUAGUCCUCAUCAUGCAUUUUUCCAGCGUUGGUUCUGACCAACAAUUCCGUCUUUAGCAUCGCACAAACAAACAAUGCAAGUGAUUUUUCCCAAAUAUUUUCUCUUGUGGGUGUGUGGGUCAAACAUUCAGUGACCAGUUCAAUGUACAGUAAAAAAUGGGAAUUCUACAAUGGCUCCAUCUGUAAGUUUGUAGGUGUUGGGGGUUUAUAGCUUUUCCUCUUCUGUAAAUACCAGGGGACAGUAUUUAAUUUGGAUAAAUUCGUCCAGACAGGGCACUGUAGCCAGUGGUUAAACACUGUCACCAACUCGAUGACUCAAAUCAAACAUCGAUUGGGUGACACUCGCAACAAAUCAGCCAGCGUCAGACUGUCGACUCAUCUGAGUGUCAAACUCCUUUCCAGACACUGUGAAAUGUGGCAGCUGGCUGCAGACAAAUCCAAGCCAGUGAAUGACAGAGUUUGGUCACGUUUUUUUUCCAUGGCCACCAUGUUGCUUCACCUCACUCAAAAUGGGAGCUGAAGGACUUCAUUUCUAAAAAGCAUGACUAUUACUGACGGUGUAGGUUUUCAAAUUUGUACACAUUGUAACUUAAAUUCCCUUCAAGUUAGUGGGAACUGGGAGUCUUUUGCCGUUUGGUAUGAUCAGAAUGAGUUUUGUGGCAUAGCAACAGUAAACAAAACACCAUUUACAUACUUCAAGCAAUCUAUGAUUCUACAAAAGCUUGAAAUAUUCUGUAAAGUCGGUCUCAGACGUUACAUGCUGCCUGGAAUUCAAAUCAGGCCUAACCAAAAAAAAUUUAAGUAAGUGAAAUUGGGCAAUGUGUAAGAAAACAACACUUGGAAAUAGUGUCUGAAACCUCUAAAGGCUGCACUUUACAUAUGUUAAUAGACUUGGAGCCUUAACCUCAGCUUCAUAUAAAUGUCUUUAGACUUUAAUGACCUGCAGAUACCCUAAAAUCAAAACCGCUUUCAGUAAUUAUUGGUUGAUCUCCUGUAUUUUAGAUCUGGAAAUCCGAACUAACUCUAAUAUCAUCCUGUUUAGAGGUUGACAUGGCUGCUACGCCCAAACUCUGUCCAUCAUUGGUAUGGUGAUGUGCCCUGCGAUACACUAACACUCUCUGUAUCUUUAAUUCUGGAGGGUUUUUUUUAUCAAACACAAACGUAAAACUACAUUACAUUCUUCACGAUAAUAGAGGGCCAUAAUAUAGACAAUGUGAACCAUUAACAGCUGAAAGCAGACUAUCUGAGAAGUAUGACAAUUACAAUUGUUACAUUCAUUUUAAUAUGUCUGUGUAACAAGGGGUUUCCCAUGUGUAUGUGUCACCAGCGACCAUCCACUCAGGACCUUCUCUGUAGUGCUUUUAUCUACUGUAUAGCUGCAUUAACCCAGCAUCCAAAAAAUUAGACUUGUAACUGUGGGUGACAAAGAGCCGGCAUUUAAUGGUAGCAAUCAAAAUGGAUGUUUUUGUGCAGCUUGGAAGGCACAAGAUCAGUUCUUUGCCACACAGAACGGAAAAUCACACACCUUAACUGCCUAUUUUAUCCACUAUCAAAGACAAAAAUACAGAGAGAGUGAGGCAAAGUGAGUUUUUAUUGCACUUUAUUUGUAUGAUUUGGACUUCAUAUCAAAUGAUGAGGCCAAAAAGAAACACUGCCAUCUUUUUAUUCAGGGUCCUCAUUGGCCUCAAUAGUAAAAAGACAAAUAAAAAAUCUGAAUAUUGUCAAAACACUUAAGGUUUCAGCGUUAAGUGCUUCUCUUCUCCCAAAAGCAGACAUAUUAAAAUAGAUCAAAAAUUAUUCAUUCACAUCAAAUAUACAGUUAUACAGUACACACGCAUUGCAGGAAUUUGACCAACAACAUCACAUCAGAAGUGAUCAUGAGACCAGGGCCUCAUUUCGUGUUUCAUCUAAGCUUUGAAAAUGUUUUUUGUCAGUUUAUUUCAUUUCUUCAAAUAGAAUAUAGUAGUUCAUAUCAUUAAAAGGGAUUUGUGAGACCAAAUCCACAGCAGACAUCUAUUUUCAUACAGUAACAAACUUUUCCUAUAUAAGUCGUCUUUGUACAGUUAAGCUCCCAUUGCAGACCUCCCAUUUUAAUACAGAUACAAAGCUUCAUUUUAAUCUUAAACUUUUGUACAGAAUCUGAUUCUCGAUUCCCCCCCAGGAUCUUUGCACUAAGGCAAAAAAAAUAAACAUAAAUCAGGCUGUAAGGAAAUAUCUGUCAGCACCUUUCACAAAGAACAACAGAGUCAGAAACCACAAAAUAACAUAUAAAAUCAUUUAUGGCAUUUUGAAAAUACAAUUGCACAGAGCACCUAAAGAUUUUGUCUUUCCUUUUGUUUUGUCUACUCAUGCUUUAGCUCUGGUGCAUCUAUGAAAUCUCAAUGUUGGGGUUUUUAAUUUUGAUAUUUUCAUAGAGAAGAUGCACAAAAUGGAAUAAUUGUUUAAUUUCGUGGGGACUUCUAGAAAUAGCAGGCAACAGCGAAGUUCGAAAUUACACAUCUUUAGCAGAGAGUAACAACAGAGACACGAAAAUAGGUUUAGGCCAUGUAAAUAUGUACUCUCAGAACUGAAUCAAAUCAUUCCUUGGUGCAAAGAUCCUGUUUUUGGUGGGGAAAUGUGGACCAGACAUAAUAACUAAUGCAGUCAUUUAUUGGUUUAUUCUGCCUCUCUGUGUAUAUUUACAGUAUGUACCAGUCCCUCUGCCUUCUUACACUCCCCGUCAGUUAGCCUAUGUAAACCUUCAGUUAACCUAAGCUAACCAAUUUUUCUCAGAGAUAAUGAAUUUGCAAAAGAAAUCGAAGCAUUAGCGAUGCACAAGUUUUUACCGCCGAAUGUUGAAAUGUGAAAGUCACCUGCGGGUGAAUGUAAAAGUUUCUGAAGAUUUAUUUUUUAAGGGUGAAAAAAAAGAGAAAUUCAUUUCUUUUUCUUUUCAUUUUUUUUUUAUUCAGCCGUUUCUUGUCUUAUUUUGUUUUUGAUUGUGUGUCACAUUUGCCUUUUGUAUUCCAAAUAUAGUGUAUUUGAACCUCUGUCAUUGGAGUAACAUGUACAACUAUCAAUCAAAAAAAUCAAACAAAAAAGCUACAAUUUGUUACGUGCAAUACUUUGUAGAAUACUUUUAUUUUUCAUGCUGUUUUUCCAAUAGGUGGUACUAACCUUUUUGAAGGAAGAUCAUAGCCUGUGAAUUCUCAAAGAAGAAAAUUUGAAUCUUCAGGGUCCAAUUAAAUUAACACCCACCACAAAAAGCUCUGCAGUGUGGAACUAAACCAAACUAAACCACUAUUCCAUCAAAUAUCUUGUGGUUUGAAAUGCACUGAGAAUAAAAUGAUUACUAAACGUGAUUACAUCAAACUGAAUUUCUUUGCAAAAUACUGUUUUUUUUUUUUUUUUUUUGUGACAGACUGCUAAGUUGUGAGUUUGUGAGGGGUAUGAAACACAGUAACACUGCCACUAAGCCCACCAUUCUACCUGCCUAUAUUUAUCUCAGUACUGCUGUGUUGCUAAAAAUCAGGCAGCCUUCCAAAAGCACGCCACAACCAAAGUUCACCAUUCCUAGUUUGCAACACAUCAGCGAUAUCCGGAAAUCUAACCUUAUAAGGCCUGUGAGCCUAAUUUCCUUGUGAUGGAACAAAUACCUUGGAGUAAUUUCGGCUGCUUUUGGGAAGCCUGCUCCUCAGCAACCAAAGCAGUAAAUCCAAUAAAAACCAGAUUACACCAUAUCAAAUGUGGGCUUUUCUUUAAAACCUUGUAUGCAAUUUCUACAUUCUGCUUAUUCUGACAUUUCUAUUUAAAACUCCACUCCGCCAAACCCUGCAACCUUAGUGCUUUAUCAAAGAAACUGAAGAACCAAACUACAUCUUCACAGAAACAGAAGAAUGGAUUUUAAAUUCCAUGCAUGUUCGUGAUGAAAACACCACCAUAUCUGCGGGAUUCAGAAUCUGGUUGUCUGUUUCUGUGAUAUAGAUGCAACAUUAGACCAUACAGAUGUGAUCUUCGGGCUAUGUAGAGGUGACACUACGUCUGUUUUAUCACUAAUGUCACUCUGUGACUCUGCGUGGCUGUAAAGGAAGAUAAAUGGGGCUCCGUUUCCUGGCAGCAUCCUUAGUGCGAAGACCAUCUUUGUUCUUUGGUUUGACGUUUAAAAAAGACGUCGUCCUCACUCGGAGAACCAUUUAAGGUGUAAACUAAUUCAAUUUUUGGCAUUUUUAGUUUUGACUUGUGAGGAUAAGACUCUAACAAUGAAACAAAAGGCUGUGAAACCAUCUUACCUAGCUUCAUUUACAUAAACAAUGGUGAGUGCUAGGUCCUCUGGGAAAUGGAGUCCUGCUCAUCGUCCCCAUCCUGUCAUCAGACUCAUUCUGAUCAUGGUCUCCAAUGACAAUGCCUCUGUCUUUCCUGCAUUAUACUGUAUACCAGCCCUUCCUUUUUGAGAAUGUACAUGGGAAAAUGUUUUUUAAUUCUCGGUGAAGAAAAAAAAACAUUUUUAAAAAGAAUUUGAAAGCUUUUAUUUUUUAUUUCUAUGGCCAAACUGUAAGCUAGAAAAAAACAGAAAAAAAUAUGUGUUUGAACAGGUUUUACAAAGGUGUAAAACUUUUUUUAUUUCUUAAUAAAAAAUUUGUCUUCAGAAAA